CACUGCCAGGCCUUGGGCCUCCUGCUCAUCUCUCCUGGCCUUUAUUGCAUUACUCUGCUCUGCACUCCACGUCUAGCUCCCUCCCUGGGCUUCUUUUGAGGCUGCCACUUCGGCCUUUCAGGGCUGCUGGUUUCCUUUCCACGACCAUCACUGAUGACGGGAUUCUCAAUGCGUGAGGUCUCCUUUAGGGUGGUAGCAUUACCUUCAUUGGCGCCUUAAUUUUCACGCUUUCACCUACGCCGUAAUGUGCGCGUGUCAUGCUCUUUCGCUUCCGUAAGCUUUUCAUCGUGAGGAGGGAACCAUCUUCUCGAAAAGUGUUUGAUUAGUUCGCAAAUAGAUACGAAACCCUGAACCAGCAACCUGCAGCCAUUGCCCAGUGGAACCGCAGUUUGCCGUACCGAUCAGCCACAGUACAAUGCACAACCCUAUGCUCAGGUUAGUACUACUAGUAUGAUACAUGGGCAACACCAACAGUAGCAGUAUUCCCAUUUCGCAAAAUUCAAAUUAACUUCAGUAUUCCUUCGCGCGAAAUUCAGAUUAUCUCCGAGUGGCCAUAGAACGGACCCGUUUGAACAGCCAGCGCUGGAGUCCUCGUAGUCAUGUCAAUCAGAGUACUAGCCCUAUCUAAGCUGUUAGCGCGUACAAUGCUGCCAGCCUUACAUUAAGCAGUUACCCGAACAUAAGGCUUCGUCAUUCAAACAUCUCGUUAGGCUCGGUGCAAUAUGGAUUUCCCCCAGCCUAAGUUCCCGGCUCGGAUAGGCGGCUUGUCAUGGAACGACGACGGAGACGAUUCAGAUUCGGACGACUCCCCGGAGUCGGAGGCGGGAUCCAUGGGAAGCGGCGUGGGCCUCCUGGGAGGCUCCAGCGAAAUUCCUCGCUCCGAGAGCUCCGCCUGGAAACCCGGCCGAGGGGGGAGCGUAGGGGGCGGAGGGGGACAUAUACCCGGAAGCGGAAGUUUAGGAGGGGGGCAUAUACCCGGAAGCGGAAGCUUAGGAGGGGUUGCUGGAGAUAUAGCAGGUGUCGGCUUUAGCGGCGGGCUCAGCGGCGUGAUUAGCGGCGGAAUCAGCGGCGGGAGUGGCGGCGGCGGCGGAGGCGGAGGAGGGGAGAGAAGGGUAAAGUUCGACACCCCAGCCCCGACCGAGGCCCCGGCCCCGGCCCCAGCUCCUCCCUCAAAGCCGCGUCAUUCCCGCGCGCUGUCGUCCGAAGCUCCGGACUUGAUGACGGCCAAGCCUAACGUUCGCCGCGCGCGAACGACUGCUUCGGCGAUCUUCACUCGGCCCAACCACCCGAGCGUUUCAGGCUCGGACAGCAUCCCCCAAGACGCAUCCGGGCAGUUCCGCCGCCAGCGCCACGACUCCAUAGGGGGAGGGACCCCAGGCGCGGGGGGAUUGCGCCAGAUGCUCACUCCGGGCAGCGCCGCAGCAGCAGCCGCGCGGCAGCGCCGCAUGUCCGUCCAAUUCGCAUCCGGCUUCUCAAAACCCACGGGCUUACAACUCCCAGGGUCCGUCAGCCAAGGGGGGCCAAUGACCCCGACGGCUGCUGGCCCCACUCAAGCGACGAAAAAAGUGCAGAAGUCCAUGAUGAUGUGCAUGGACCCGACGUGCAACGCGUGCCCGCCUGAAAUGCACGCGUUGCGGAAUAAGAAGCUCAUGGCGCAGGUCAUAGACGAGUUUCCGGAACCCAUGGCAAGGCCGACGAGGCGGGGGGGUGGGGGAGGAAGAGGAGGCGGAGGGGAUGAUGAUGAUAGCGACUAUAGCUUUGAUGAUGAUGAUGACGACGAUGACGAUGAGUAUGGGUAUGACUACGACGCGGAGCAGGGCCAGAGGACGAUCGUGCGCUUCUGUGGGGUCACCUGCUUCACGUAUACGUCCAAGCCAAAGCGGAAGAAACGGAAGUCCCGAUGGACCAAGGCAUGGGAGGACUUACAGGACCUGUUCCAGCCGAUCAGCAUGCUGUGGCAGCCGUGGGGCAUCAUGAACCCGCACUCCAAGUUCAUGGCGCAGUGGAACAAGAUGUUUAUGGUGGCGUGCAUCCUCGGCUUCACCAUCGACCCCUGGUUCCUCUUCACCCUGCAGGCACUGCACCAAGUGCCGCCGGAACCGGCCAUGCUGUGCCUCACUCUCGAUUGGACAGCAGCCAUCGCCUUCAGUGUGCUGCGCUCCAUUGUCGACAUCUGCUACGUUAUUCAAAUCGUUAUUCAGUUUCGCAUGGCAUACAUCGUCCCGCCCCCCACCAACCGCAAGAAGCGUUUCUUCCGCCGCUGGUGGGCCGACCGCUCCCUGCAGAGCCCGGGGGACCUGGAGUUUGACGCGCGGGUCAUUGCCAGCCGCUACCUGCGCUCCUGGUUCGUCAUCGACGUGCUUGCUGCCCUGCCCAUUCCGCAGAUAGUGAUGCUGGUGAUAGUGCCAAUGAUGGGUCGCUCAGUGCCGUCCAACACCGGAGUCGCAAUGACUGUGCUCUGCCUCGCUGCCCUCUUUGCCCAAAACCUUCCCCGCGCCAUCCGCUUCUUCCCCAUCCUCUCGGGCAACGCGCCGCAUGUCACGGGGCUUGUGUUUGAGACCGCCUGGGCCAACUUCAUGCUCAACUUUGUGUUCUACCUCAUGGCGUCCAACGUCGUCGGCAGCAUGUGGUACUUCCUCGCUGCAUCGCGCUUCACCACUUGUUUAUCUGACAGCUGUGCAACCCAGGGCGCUGCCUGCCAGCCGGAGUACAUGUACUGCGUGGACCACACCUCCAUAGCGUACCAGAACCCUGCAACAGAGGCGGCGUGGGCCACGGGGCCGGCCAGCAGCUGCCUGUUGGAGUCGGAGGACGUCCCCCCGCCGUCUGUCAACUACGGCAUCUUCGCCACUGCUGUUCCCUUGGUGGCGGAAGGGGCGUUCCUCUCCAAGUACAUCUACUCCUUCUUCUGGGGCUUCCAGCAAGUGAGCACUCUAGCAGGCAACCUGGAGCCGUCUAGGUGGGAUCCCGAGGUUCUGUUUGUCAUCCUCGUUAUAGGGCUGGGGCUCGUCCUGCUCGCGCUGCUUAUUGGCAACAUCUCCAACUUCCUACAAGCACUCAGCAGAAGGUCCUUUGAGUACCAGCUGCAGCGCCAUGACAUUGACUCCUGGAUGGAGCGCCGCAACCUGCCCCUCAGCCUCCAAAAACGAGUGCAGAAGCAGCAGCGGCUGCACUGGGUGGCGACAAGGGGGGUGGAGGAGGCGGAGGUGCUGGACAAGCUCUCGGACGACAUUCAGACCGACGUGCGCCGCAGCCUCUGCCUCGAGCUGCUGCAGUGUUCGGCGCUCUUCUUCGCCAUGGAGCCGCAAGUCCUGGACGCCUUCUGUGAGAAGCUGCGGCAGCAGCUGUACAUUGAGGGCACCGUCAUCCUUAAAGAGGGGUACCCAGUCUCGCGCCUCUUCUUCGUGCUGCGGGGCCAGCUCGAGAGCUACACCACCAUCGGGGGGCGGGCGGGGUUCGUGGACAGUGUGCUGUUGGGGAAGGGGGACUUCCUGGGCGAGGAGCUGCUGGUGGAGUACCUGGAGAAGCUGUCGGACCGGGAGAGCGGGAAGCGGAGGAGAGGCGCCAGCAUCCGGUACCUAGGACGAUCCGUGACCAUGGGAGCGAGUGCAUCAGCGUCAGCAGCGGCGCUGGGCACUCUAGCGAUAGACGUGCUGCCGACGGCGCAGCGCACCGUCAGGUGCAUCGGGCCCGUGGAGGGGUACGAGCUCGAGGCAACGGACGUGGCUGUGGUGUGCCGCCAAUUUGCUAGAAUGCUCGCCACCAGCAAGAUUCAGGCAGCGCUGAAUGAGUGCUGCCACAACCGGCGCACGCACGCUGCCAGAACCAUCCAGCUUGCUUGGAGACGGCACCUGAGGAGGAGAUUCGGGCUGACCAUUGGGCAGGUUAUGAGCGCUGUGAACCAGAACCGCAUGCAGCUCGUGGUGCGAAAGGCCCUGGAGCUCCAGGUGGGAGGGAGCGGGCGCAGAGACAGCGAACAGGGGGACUCGAGAAACAGCAGCCGGAGGAUGUGAGGGAGAGGUGAUAUUUAUAAUGCGUGCUGGAGGCUACAGAACAGACAGCAGGGCCGGCUCUUGGAGCAGCAGCUAAUGGUUGUGAGCAGAUGGGAGCCAGGGUGAGGGGAGAGAGCUAAUAAGGGGAUGGGGGAGAAGUGUGAGGGAGGAGUACGACGGAGAAGUGGGAUGGGGUGGUGUGCGGGUGGGUGCGGCGCAGGUGCUUUGCACUGCUUUCCUCGAGCCGUGCACAGUGCACAGUGCACACCCCCUCAGUAAUGAGUCGAUUUUUGAGUCGACUCAAAAAUCCACGAGCUGUGCACAGUGCACAGUGCACACCCCCUCUGGAGUACUGCUGAAGGGGUGCAGCCGCAAUUUGCCACCCGCAUGCGGGUGCAGGCCGUGGCGCUUGUGUGCAGGAAUCGUCAGGUACAGCUGCCUGGCUGGAUGUUUUGCCCAUUUACAGCGUACCGGUAUGCAGGCAUGUCUGAUUCCAUAUGACCAAAUGGCGUGCAGUUGUGUUUCGGGUUUAGGGUGUAGAUACUACCUUAAAUGUUUUCAUGUCACGCCAUUCGAUGAGAAAAGCUUGUCCGUCACACACUGUAGUUCAUGAGACUAAAGCAUACUGGCAAGUGACCUUACACAAUUUAGAGGCACCGAUGACAUCACCUGCAUCUGUACACAGGGUACUCUCGCUGUUAUCAUCCCAGAGGUCUUGCUUGACCGACAGAAUCGAAUGUCUGU